CAUAUAAACAAUGUAUUUAUAUUUUUUUUAAUGUAGGUAUUACUACAACGCUUGAGAAAGAAGGUCGUUGUCCUCAUUGCAAUAAUCAAGACAACAUCUCGGUUGAUCAACUCAUUCCAAACAAGACGUUGAGAAAGGCGAUCGAGGUUUAUAUUCGAGAACAAGAAGAAACAAAGAAGAACCAAGAAGAACAACAGGCUGAGGAGCAAAAUCAAACAGAACAACAACAACAACAACCAAAUGAAAGUGGAGAGCCUUCAAAGGGCAAUACUGGAACAGCCAUUCAAGUAUUUGAAUCAUCGGAUGAAAGACCGAUGAACAGAAAACACAAUUUUAACAUGGACAACAACAUGAUGUUCAAUAUGAAUUGGAUGAACAUGCCACGUCCUCCAUUUGCUGGUUUCCCCCCUUUUACUGCACCAGACUGGAUGAACAAGACUGAAGGAGAUAACAACAACCCCAAUCCAGCCUUUAUGAACUUUCCUAAUACAUUUGCUAAUAAUGAAGAAAAUGUAUACAAUAACUCCAUGAUGCCUUUCCAAGAUAUGUUUGGAUAUAACUUUAAUCGUGGAGGAUACAGAGGACGAGGAGGAGGCAUGAGAGGUCGCGGAUACCAUAGCUCAAGAGGCCGUGGAGAUUAUCAUCACAAUGAAGAUAGAACUAAUGACGAGAGAGGACGUUCUCGUUCUCCUCGACGCGACAGUUCACGCGAUGGUAGUCGUAGAAGAGAGGAAAGAUACGAUGAAAAGUAUGAAGAUAGACGUGAUGAAGAAGGUCGACGCGAUGAUAAAGGUGAAAGACGUGACAACAGAAGAGAAGACAGUCGAAGAAGAGGUGAUAGUCGUAAAAGGGACGAAAGCCAUCGAAGAAGGGAUGAUAGCCGAAGACGGGAUGACAGCCGAAGAAGAGAUGACAAACGUAGUGCCAGACGCGAGGAUAGAAAAGAUGAAAGACGAAGUGAUAGACACGAGAGUAAAUAUAAUGACAGAAGGGAUGAUAAAUACAGCAGUGAUCGAUAUGAUCGAUACAGUGAUCGUCGAAGUGAUGAAAGGAGUAGAAGUCGCUAUCGUGAAGAGAGACACUCUUCUCACAGAAGAUCUGCAUCACCAAGAUCCACCUCUCGUCAUUCACGACAUCGUAGUUCAUCCAGACGUCAUCCUUCAAAAUCAAGAUACAGAAGUCGUGAAAGAGAAAAGGAAAAGUCUAAAGAUAGAAGUCGGGAUCGUAGAAGAAGAUGAGCAAACGAGGCUCUUGAUUUAACUUUUUGAUGGAUGCAAUUUAAGCCUGAAGAAUAUUUCUUUGAAUAAAAA